CUCAUGUAUACAUCUAUAUAUUGGUAACAAUGGAAUGUAUCAACUCAAAACUAUCAUUAAUAUUAAACCUUAAGAUUAUCUGUCAGGAGAAUACAAGCGAUCUUCCAUGGCAACACCGAGAGGACCAAGAGGUUUCAGCUCCCGCCCUUCUGCUGCCGUUCCUAGGGUUUAUGUAAAAUAUACCCCCAGCUCUGAGUGGAAACAGGAGAAAGAAUCUGACAUUCUGCUUAUAUUUCUUCCUGAUUUUCUGAAACAAGAUAUAAGGGUUAGAACAGAAACAGGAAAUAUUCUGAGGGUUACAGGAGAACGUGCACUUGGUGGUAACAAGUUCAGCCGUUUUCAACAAGAUUUCGAAAUCCCAAACAAUUGUAUCAUUAAAGCAAUCCGUGCCAAAUUUGAGGGUGGAAUCUUAACCAUUACAUUUCCGCGAGUUCCCGUUACUACUGCGACUGAGAAACCAAAACCAAGCCAACCUGCUCCCAAGUUACCACCUUCACAAAAACAAGACAAGAAUGAGCCAACGGAAUCAGCCAUUCCUCGCACAACUGCAUUACCAGCUCCAGUAUCAAAAGAGCCAACUCCUCGAACAACCGAAGCAGCUAUCCCUCGUAAAACUGCAUUACCAGCUCCGGGAUUAAAAGAGCCAACUCCUCAUGCAACUGAAGGAGUUCUUCCUCGUACACCUGCAUUACCAAGUCCAGGAAUAAAAGAGCUUGAAAGAAGUAGAUUCCAGACACCGAGCCCUCCAAAACCUAGAAAUGCAUCAAAUAUCGAUGCUGAUUCACCCAAGGAGCCUAGAAAAUUGAUAGAAUCCUCAAGGCCUCCACUUGUGGUUGAUGAUAAAACUCCUUUUCUGCCAACUUUAGGCACCGGGAAAGGCACUACAAGGGAAGAGGUGCUGAAUGGAAAGGACGGUCUGAAGAAUGAAAAGAUGGAAAAGAAGAAAGAAGAUGAAAUGUAUGAAGAUGGUUUCACCAAAAGAGCAGGCAUGGAAAAGGUUGAGGAUGUUCAAACACAGGGCGCUACAGAACGCUAUGAGAAUGUUGAUGAAGCGACUAAUAAGAUUGUUAUGAAAAGUGGUGAAGUCGAUCUCAAAGAAGCGAUGAAGAAUGUUGGCAGGCGAAUGAAUGAAGAGAAGGGACUGAUGGUGAACAUGGGUGCUGCUGUUAUGGUAAUUGUAGGACUCGGGGCUUAUGUUUACCACUCCUUGAGCUCAGGGAAAUUAGCUAAGCGCUAGAUGAAUACUACCAUUUACAGAGAGGGGUCUUAUGUAUACUUCCAAUAAACGUUGAAACAGAUGAGAAUCUCCCUUCCUCAUCAUGUACAGCAUAUCCAAAUUUAUUCAAGUAAUUUAGCAAAACUACAAUAAAAUUUAUACAUUAAAGUUUGAUGCA